UAACGUGAACGAAUUCCUUUAUUUCAAGAGCGAUUUGCAGAAUUGAGCGGCGCGAACAGGGACGCAAACCAGACCAGAUUCAUGGGUGGCACGAUCCAAGCGGUGCGCUAAGCAUCCCCUAUUUGAUUCCGUUCUGCAUCCCGUGCGAUUAGAACCACUUCCAAGUAAGGUUUCUUUUCAUUGCAGCUCUCCGGCCAUGGCGUCUUGGAAUUCGACCCCGAUGGAGGUGCUGUACAACGUCUUGGGCUGGGUUGCCUUCGUUGCCUGGUCCAUCAGUUUCUAUCCUCAGGUCAUCUUGAAUUUCCAGAGAAAAAGUGUAGUAGGGUUGAAUUUCGACUUCGUGUUGUUGAAUUUGACGAAACACUCCUCGUAUCUCAUCUAUAACGCUUCAGUCUUCUUCAGCUCUGCUGUUCAAAGGCAGUACCGUAAGAAGUAUGGCUUUGAUGAGAUGAUACCUGUAGCCGCCAAUGAUGUUGCUUUCUCCAUACAUGCUGUUCUUUUGACAGCAAUAACAUUAUUUCAGAUUGCGAUCUAUGAUCGGGGAAGCCAGAAGGUAUCGAAAAGUUGCAUGGCAAUUCUCUCGGUUGCGUGGUUGGCCAUUGCAAUUUGUGUGUUCAUAGCUAUACCCAAACAUAGUUGGCUUUGGCUGGUGUCUUGCUUCAGCACCAUGCAGGUUAUCAUGACAGUCAUCAAGUACAUUCCCCAGGCAGUACUGAAUUUUCGGCGAAAAAGCACUGUAGGAUGGAGUAUUGGCAAUAUUUUGCUUGAUUUACUUGGUGGGCUAACAAACUACGGCCAGAUGGCUGUGCAGUCUAUAGAUCAAAAUUCUUGGGUGAACUUCUAUGGAAACAUUGGGAAAACAUUAUUAUCCUUGGUAUCUGUGUUCUUUGACAUUUUGUUCAUCGUGCAACAUUACGUGCUCUACCCUUCUAGGAAGAACACUACUUCUGAGGAUACAGAUGUGGUAAGCACUAAGCCAUUAACUGUACCUUCCGAUCGUCAACACGCAGAUGAUGUUUAAUGCCGCUCAAGUUGAUACACGUACACUUUUGCCUCUCUCCCAGUAGGAGAGGCAAUGCUAAGACCGCAAAGCGGUCUUUACAUGUAUACUAAUGGUGUAAUAAAAAAACAAAGCCUAGUCUUAUAAUCAAUGGGUGAAAUAGGGAUUGUAGUAAAAAAAAUGAAAAAACAAAAAACAGCUGUGUGCAAUCUAUUUUGUAUGCUUCAUAUUAAUUAGUGUUCAUUUUGUUCUCUGCAAGAUUAUAUCAUUAAUGUGAAGCAUGUGAAUAAGCUUAGCAUAUUAAU